AAUUCCAUUGUAACAACAUCCAAAACAAAUGUAACAUUUUAUAACGCAAAAUAGUACUACCAGUUUCUAGAAAUAAAGGAAACUAACAAUUAAUGACAAGAAUUUUAAAUGUCUCAUACCUUACGGUUCACGAGAAUGUCCCCUCCCUCCUGCCCAGUUCUGUGGAAGUGUGUGGUGGAAUUCCGCGAAUAGACAACAUAAACAUUCCAUGCUGCUGGAUGACAUUUUCCAGCGAAACUGGACCCGUUUUUCCCGUCCCACCCACAGCUGUUCGAUAGCAAAAGUGGAACAAAAAAAUAACAGAAGCAGUUGUUUAGAUGACACAAGGGCAGAGCGACAGUGGACACAUUUUCCUGAGACGCCAUUCCCGUGCUCAAUCCAGUUGUUUUGCUCACUUUUUUUCUCCCCUCAAUCGCCCAUCUAAAACACGGAGUGUGUGCGUCGGUGAGUCAUCACCACCACCCAGCACCGGAUACAAUCAACCGCCGCCAGUGCAAGCUGCAAUCAAUCCGAAAUGUAAUCGCUGUACAAUCAGCAACAAUUGCGAGCUUUUCGCGUCUGCACGCCGACGAUGUGAGUGAGCUUGCAAGUGCGAGCACAACCAAAAGUAGCAAAAACAACCAGUGUGCGUGUGAGUGAGUGUGUGUGUGUGUGUGUGUGUGUGUGCCAAGACAAAGAGGGGCAAGGAGAUGGGCAGCCAGGCGUCCAGCAUUUCGCAGCGCAUUUUGCCGGCCGAUGCGGUCGACUCGCUGCAGUUCGAGAUCAAAAAGCAGGUCCACAUCUUCUCCGAGAUCAACAACCUCGGGUACGAAGACUUCCAGAAGUGUCUGGCCGAUCUGAACCGACUCUCACGAAAGUGUCUCGACCCGAACGGGAAGCAGCUGGUGUUUGCGGUGAAGAAGGGCACGGACAACUCCAUCCUCUGGAAGCGGACGGUGCGCAUCGCCUGCGUCAAGAUAGACCCGGAGACGCGCAAGAUUGACUGCUUCAAGCUGCUGACGCUGCAGCAGUUCCUGCAGGUGUUCCGCACCUUCCAGACGAACCUCCACGCGAUGGUGACGGUCGAGAGCCAGCGGAUACACAGUCCGGGCGCGAGCCCGUCCCGGUCGAGCACCGGCAGCUCCGCCACCGGGCCGCCGGACACGCCGCCGUCGGCCAAGGUGGACGGGGCCGGCCCGUCCGCUGCUGCUGCUGGCGCCGCCCGGCCACCGCCGGAGAGUCCCGCGCGCACCGCCACACCCACCACCGUCCCGCUGUCCAGCUCGGCCUCGACCUGCUCAUCUUCGGGCGGCGGCACGUUCGUCUUUCCCGACUGCACCACCGCCUCGAUCCUGAUGGCGCAGGUCGAUGCGAUCGCGGCCGGCCCAGCGGACGCCACCGACCACGCCGACGAGUGCUGCAUCUGUCUCGAGCGCCGGCCGGAGGUGUCGCUGCCGUGCGCGCACAGCUACUGCAUGCCGUGCAUCGAGCAGUGGAACAUCCACCAGAAGACGUGCCCGAUCUGCGACGAGGCGCUCGCCAGCACGGACGACACCUGGGUCCUGUCCGAGAUGCCGGAAGCGAACGAGGUGAGCGAGGAGAUCUGCGCCACGCUGCUGAAGCUGUCGAACGAGCCGGUCGCGGACGAUGACGACGACGGCGACCGGAACUGGCUGCGCCGGAUGCUGGACUUGUGAUUUGGCCUUUGGGAGGGGGGAGGGGGGAGAGAGAGUGUUUGUUGGCCACUGUAGUUUUACUUUUUGUUUUUCAACUCUAAAUUCAAAUGUUUUAUUAAUUCACUAUUAAGCGCUGCUCAUUUGUUGCUCAGGGAUUUUCGAAUCUAGAGCAAAGUGAUCGGUAAUGUGCUUGCUCAAUGAAUUACGUCAAGCCCUUCCUAUUUAAUAUUUUCGUUUCAUCCUUUAGACUGUCCCAUAUACUUUCGAUUUUCUAAAAAGCCUUAAAUCACGCUUCUUUCAACAUCUUGUUAAUCAGUUUUGCAAAGCCAUCCUAAUGUUAUAGCACUAUUAACCGCUUUUCCCUCUGUUUACGACUCUUUAAAGCCGGCAACAAUCGAUAUAUGUUAGAGUUAGGUUAAUAUUUUCAUGACAUUUUUGCUUUGACAAUUAACAGCAAUUAUCCUAUUACAGCGAGUUACUCGUAGGGCGCACUAAUCAAAAUGGUAUGAGGACCUUUUCGCAUCGCAAACAUGUUCGGUCCCUUUUUAGAUAUUAUUAUGCUUUACGAUGCCAAAAUUCAAUCAAUUGAUAAUAUUGUAAUGCAUUUAAAAUUGCACCAAAGCCACCACGUUUGAUAUUGUGAUGAAAAUUAUGUUUUUAUUUCUUACACAAUGGCGGCCACCUAAAGUCGGGAACCGCGUAAUUUCACCUAUCAUCUGACCUUGCGGCACGCUACGUGGUCAUUUUGCUCCUGAAAUGACUGAAAUGACUGAAAAGACUGCCCAGUCUUUCAGUGGAGCGCAUACCAAAUUUCUUACCUUUGCUAUCAGUUAUCAGCAUACCAAUUUUUUAAAUCAUUUGCUAUCAGUUAUUACAGGGGUUUUCAGGGGUUCUCAUAGUUGUGGGACACUUCCUUGACUCUAUCUUAUUGGAAGUGAACUUCAUAACGUUAGAAAUUAGACUCUAUGGCACACGUUUUGGACAGGCGCAUUGGAAAUUCCUAUUGGAUUUGUCUAACAAGGAUGCUAUAGAGUCCAAUUCCCAUUACAUUAAGUUCAUUUCACGUAAGAAGGAGUCAAUAGUGUCCCACAGGUAUGAGAACUCCUGGAAAAUUCAUCGACUAUUUUGAGUGGACAUCGGCGUAUUAAAUAACCUAGGCAAUCUAGAGAACUGUCCGUCUAGAGAACAGGGUGUCGCAAAGUCAGAUAAUAGGUGAAAAUAAGCAGCUUUGGGUGGCCGCCACUGUAAUCCAAAUGAACGUUUGGCAAGAUACCUUACAAGCACUAUGAGUACCAAAAUUUACUUUAAUAAUUGCGGGCCCGAUCGUGCGAUGCGAGAAAAGGAAGAUACUGUUGAAUGCGGCAUCUCCAGUUGAAAAAAGUAUGAAGUGCCAAACAAAGAAGUAGAAGUACAAGAAGCUAGCCAUAAAAGGUGUUGUCAUUUCCCGCUUAGAUUAAAGAGCUUUAUUAAAAAGUACCUGCAAACGCUUAUUGUUGUUUGCAUGAAGUUUAGACGUAUUGCCGAUACCACAUUGCCGAGUCCACGUUGCUCGCUUUGAUAAUGAAGGGAGGCUUCGUUGCAAUUCUGCUUCUAUACAGGUUUCGUGGUUUCUUUCUCUUAAAUAUUUGUUUAAAUCAGCGAUGUCAAACUUAUUUGACCCCGCGGGCCAAAAUGCCGCUGAAAAUAGUAGCACUUGUCGCAGCCUAGUUUUUGUAUUACAUCUUAUGAUACAAACAUCAGAUCGUUAGCAGUUCUUUUCAUUCCAUUUCGGAAUAACUGUUACGUUACAAUAGUUAAAACAUUGAUGUAAAAUAAGAUACAAAAAAA